CCUCCCCCCUCCGCCGCUCUUUCUCUCUCCCCAAGCAGUGAGGCUCGGACAGCGCUCGGCUCCGGCGCUUUAUUUUAAGAUGAUCGGCCAAGGUCUUUGCAGAUAGAUUUUAUCUGAAGUUAAAUAGCUGGCGCUCGCCGCUCCCUCGCCAAUAAGUCAUUUCUAAUAGAGACAAAUCGCCCUGGACGCCCCGGAGCGCCGCUGCCGCCGCUCCUGCCCGCGCCCCCCGCCGAAAGCGAGCGGGCAGCCGGGGCAGCUCCCUCCUCCCGCUGGUGAGAGCUCCGCUUGUUCCGUAAAGUGGAUGUCAGGUGGAUCUAUGUUCUGCGAGGAACAAAGAGGCAGCGAAGGCAGCGCUGGGGAAGUUUGAGCGGCGAGGAUGCAGGCUGUGUACUGGUGCGCGGUCCUCCUGCUGCAGCCCACCCUCUACUUGGUUACCUGUGCAAAUUUAACAAAUGGAGGUAAAUCAGAACUUCUAAAAUCAGGAAGCUCCAAAUCCACACUAAAGCAUAUAUGGACAGAAAGUAGCAAAGACUUGUCCAUCAGCCGACUGCUAUCACAGACUUUUCGUGGAAAGGAAAAUGAUACAGAUUUGGACCUGCGAUAUGAUGCCCCAGAAACUUAUACUGAGCAAGAUCUCUGGGACUGGCUGAGGAACUCCACAGACCUACAAGAGCCCCGGCCCAGGGCAAAGAGACGGCCCAUUGUCAAGACUGGGAAAUUUAAGAAAAUGUUUGGCUGGGGUGAUUUUCAUUCCAACAUCAAGACUGUGAAGCUAAAUCUGUUAAUAACAGGGAAAAUCGUUGACCAUGGCAAUGGGACGUUUAGCGUUUACUUCAGGCAUAACUCCACUGGUCAAGGGAAUGUAUCUGUGAGCCUAGUGCCCCCUACAAAAAUAGUGGAAUUUGACUUGGCACAACAGACAGUGAUUGAUGCCAAAGAUUCCAAGUCCUUUAACUGUCGAAUCGAGUAUGAAAAGGUUGACAAGGCCACCAAGAACACACUCUGCAACUAUGACCCUUCAAAAACCUGUUAUCAGGAGCAGACCCAGAGCCAUGUGUCAUGGCUCUGCUCCAAGCCCUUUAAAGUAAUCUGUAUUUACAUUUCCUUUUAUAGUACAGAUUAUAAACUAGUACAGAAGGUGUGUCCUGAUUACAACUACCACAGUGACACACCCUACUUCCCCUCAGGGUGAGAAUGAACACGUGUCUGAGACUGAAGCCUGGGGAAUAAAAGAAUUCGUGUGACAGGGCUGUAACCUCGAGGAAGAAAGCCACAUCUAUUGCCUGGAAUGUGUCUACCUGCUUCUGCUGAUGUCAUAUGGCUGCAAAUAUGUUAGUGGAAAACAAUGUAACGUAAUUUUUGCCCAGUCAGCACCAUGUUUCAAUCUAGUUGUAAAUCACUAUGGAUUUGAAAUAAAACCAUACACACACAUAGAGACACACACUCUUCUCAGCUCAUAUCUAUUGAGAUUCCUGUUAAGAGAGAUUUUCAUUGUCUGAUAACUAAGGUUUUGGGAUAAACUAUCAUCAAGCAAAAUGGAUUAGCUAGACAGAGAACAGUUUCUAACACAGACUGUUGUGGAAAUCUCUUUGAAAAUCCUUUGAGUAUAUACCAAUAAUCCCCACUCAUGCAUUCUACUGCUUGGAGUAGCUGUACCGGUAAAUAAUACUGUAGGAGUAAAUACUUGUUAAAAUGGGAAAAAUGUGUGUGUAAAGUUCUGUAUCCCUUGCUAUAUGAACACAGCAAAGCAAAGUGACUUUUUUUCCAGCAUAUAGUAGGCACAUUCAAGGUGGUGUUAGGUGGCUCUUUUUCCAUGGAACGAGCCUGUUACCAGUAAAGAUGGGCAAACAUUUGGAAUUUACAUGUGGGCAGACAUUCUGGUUUUAUGUUUCUCUGACUCUUUAAGCUCUGAUUCUUUAAACCUGGUUGAGUUUAGUCGAGCAAAGCUAUUUUAAAACCCUCCAAAUGAUCUUUAGGAAGGAAAAUGCCUCAUGGAGGACAUGUAAGUUAUAAGUGGCUGUCUUAUCUUUAUUACAAAAUAUUGUAACAAAUUCAAUAUCCUAGUCUUGAUUUGUAUGAAUGGUUUGUAUUGUACAUAAUUUAACCAGUGUUAUUUGAGCUGCUUAUUAAUAUUAACUUGUAAUUGUCUCUCUGCUUGUUAUUGGUUAAAAGCAAUUGAGGAAUUGAAGAAUCCAUUUUAUCAAUGUAGCUGUAAACUCAUUAAAAGACAGAACUAUGUACAAAGCAUUUAUUCAGCUUAAGUAUUGUUGAAAGCUAUACAUAUACAACAUUGCAGUCUGUCUGUACUUAGAUAUUUUAUUUCCAGACAAAAAAAUAUGAGCUGUACAUAAAAAUAAAAGAAAUCUUAAAGUUGAGUUUCAAUAUGUACUGUGUAGAUGGUAGUUUAAAUGGUUCGGAAAAGUGGGUAACGUUCCAAAUCUGACAUGGUUAUCAAUCUUGCCUCUUUGCAUAUGUACAUAUAUAUAUACAUAUAUA